AUUAAUUCAGUUCAAGGUAAAAGAUGUGGCUCGGUUGGUCAACGGGUCGCCGCUUACUGGCCUUUCGACGUCGUCUCCAGCUGUGUCGCAAUGUUUCUUUACCAAACAGCGCCAGGGGGGCUGUCGAAGACGGAGUUCUCUCGAAAUUCAGGUCCAUAUGUGGUGAAGACGGCAUCUCGUUGGGUGAAGCUGUCAGAGAACAACAUGGCAAAGAUGAGUCUGUGCACAGGUGUUGCCCUCCAGAUGUGGUUGUGUUUCCACGCUGUGUGGAAGAGGUCAGCGCUCUGGCGAGGGUCUGCCACAAACACAACCUUCCCAUCAUCCCUUUCGGUACUGGGACUGGCUUGGAGGGCGGGGUCGGAGCCGUACAGGGUGGUGUGUGCUUCAGUUUAAGGAACAUGGACCAGAUUCUGGAUCUCCACCCAGAGGACUUUGAUGUGACGGUGGAGCCUGGGGUGACCAGAAAGUCCCUAAAUGCCUACUUGCGGGACACCGGGCUGUGGUUCCCUGUGGAUCCUGGAGCUGAUGCCUCUCUGUGUGGCAUGGCUGCCACCAGCGCCUCCGGUACCAAUGCAGUGCGUUAUGGGACUAUGAGGGAAAAUGUUAUGAACUUAGAGGUUGUGUUGGCUGACGGCACCAUUAUACACACAGCCGGUAAAGGUCGACGUCCCAGGAAGACGUCAGCCGGCUACAACCUCACAAACCUGUUUGUGGGGUCGGAGGGCACGUUGGGCAUCAUCACUAAGGCCACGCUGCGUCUGUACGGCAUCCCAGAGGCCAUGGUGUCUGCCGUCUGCUCCUUUCCCUCCGUCCAGACUGCUGUCGACAGCACAGUUCAGAUUCUGCAGGCCGGAGUUCCCAUCGCUCGCAUCGAGUUUUUAGAUGAUGUGAUGAUCGACGCGUGCAACAGGUUCAGCUCUCUGUCCUACGCCGUGACCCCGACUCUGUUCCUGGAGUUCCACGGCUCAGAGCGAAGCCUCGAAGAGCAAGUCAACACAGCUGAGGAAAUCACUCAGAGCAACGGGGGCUCAGAUUUUCAGUGGGCCCGGGACGCGGAGACGAGGAGUCGGCUGUGGAAAGCCCGGCACGAUGCCUGGUACGCUGCACAGGCCCUCAGACCGGGCUGCAAGGCCUACUCCACAGAUGUGUGUGUCCCUCUGUCUCGGCUGCCUCAGAUCAUCAUGGAGACAAAAGAGGACCUGAUUGAGAGCAGGCUAACAGGUCCCAUCGCAGGUCACGUUGGCGACGGGAACUUCCACUGUCUGAUGGUGGUGGAUCCCAGCGACCCGGACGAGCUGCACCGUGUCCACCUGUUCACCGAGAGGCUGGCCAGGCGAGCGCUGGCGAUGGACGGCACGUGCACCGGAGAGCACGGCGUGGGCCUGGGAAAAAGAGCCCUGCUGCGUGAGGAACUCGGACCCCAAGCCAUCCAGGUCAUGCAGGGGCUGAAGGACGCCCUCGACCCAAAGCAACUCCUGAACCCCGAGAAGAUCCUGCAGCAUAAAGAGCAGUGAGCUGCUGGUCCGGCUGCGGCCCCCAGCGAGACGAGAGGCGCCGCCAGAGGGAACGCUGUGGAGCAAAUGUCUUUUUAAAAGGUGAAGUCUGCUCAGAUAUCAAGAAAUCUGUAAGCUGGAAAGGCAUUUGAACAGGAAAACAAUGAGUGCUGUGAUUUGAUGGAUUGUUUUUCUUACUGUUUGGGAAUUUUCAUGCAUUAAAAGAAGUAAUGGAAAAAAUGGAAACUUAACCUGGGAUAGGCUCCAGUCACACCCCUCACUAAACGGUUCAGAAAAUGGAUGGAUGGAUGUUUUGAAAUGUGAUUUUUUUUUAAACGCAGACGCUGGUGUUAAUUCAAUGAAGUCAUACGAAGUAGUGAAAACUGUAUCAGGUAAAAGCCUUUCGAUGGUUUUUAAGUAACAAACUUUUACUUUAACAAUAUGACUAUUAAACAUGUUUUAAAACA